AUGGGUUGUACAGUGUGGCUCACCUCUAUUGGACAAUGGAUACUCAACGAAGUUCCUGCUGGGGAAGCCAUUGGAUUGGAUCCCUUCCUCUUUUCUAUCGACAGUUGGUACAGCUAUCAACAGAUCCUCGAAGGUGCAAAUAGGAACUUGAGUUUCCCUGAAGUUAACCUGGUGGACCUCGUGUGGGGCAGUGAGCGGCUUCCUCCACCUACCAACACAAUCUAUCGACUCGCCGAUGACUUCGUUGGAAGUACCUGGCAAGAGAAGGUUGCCCACGCUCGGUCGCAGAUGGAGCAACACAGCAAGAAACCCACAGCAAUCUUGCUCUCUGGCCUUGAGGAGACGGCAU